CCUGCAUCUGACAGCGUCCCUCCCUCUUUCUCUCUCCUCCUCCUCCGUCUCUCAUUAGGGCUUUUCACCGGCAAAACACCGACGCACUCCCUUUCCCUUAAACCGGGGAAUAAACGCGGCACGGCGGCAGGAGCAGGACUGAGCUACCCCGGGUGCGCACCAUCCAUGCUUCUCCCCUGGAUAUCUGUCUGACAGGAGGGCUGGUGUGACUUUGCUGAAGCAUCAGAGGAAGGCACUGAGUCGGCGGUAAGGAAAGAAGGAGUGGAGUCUUCUCAGACAGAAGGGGGCAGCAGGCAUGCAAGACUCCGCCUCGGAAAGCAAGAUGGCCAGACAGGAACAGAACUCCAAGAAUCUGGAUGACCACAGAGAAAUGGAUGACAUGUCAGAGAGGACGUCCCCAAACAAAAACCUCAAAUCUCCGCAGAAAGGUUCCAAACGACUGAAAACUGCUCCCUUCAAGGUGACCCUGCUGGACUCCUCCGAGUUCGAAGGAGAAAUUGAGAAACACUCAAAAGGACAGACUCUAAUGGACAUGGUGUGCGAGCACCUCAACUUGCUGGAGAAGGAUUACUUUGGUCUGACCUUUGCCGACACAGACACCCAGAAGAACUGGUUGGACCCCUCCAAGGAAAUCAAAAAGCAGAUGCGCAAUUCUCCAUGGCACUUUGCCUUCGCUGUCAAGUUCUACCCUCCAGAUCCCUCUCAGCUCACUGAGGAUAUCACCAGAUACUACCUGUGUCUGCAGCUGAGGGAUGACAUGCUGUCAGGUCGACUGCCAUGCUCGUUCGUCACUCAUGCCCUCCUGGGCUCCUACACAGUGCAAGCAGAGCUGGGAGACUACGACCUGGAUGACCAUGGCUCUGACUAUGUCAGCGAUUUCCGCUUUGCCCCCAAUCAGACUCGUGAGCUGGAGGAGAGAGUGAUGGAGCUCCAUCGAAACUACAAGGGUAUGACUCCAGCAGAGGCUGAAAUGAACUUCUUGGAGAAUGCAAAGAAACUUUCCAUGUAUGGGGUAGACCUUCAUCAUGCUAAGGAUUCUGAAGGGAUUGAAAUAAUGUUGGGUGUCUGUGCCAACGGCCUGCUGAUUUACCGAGACAGGCUGAGGAUAAACCGCUUCGCCUGGCCUAAGAUACUUAAGAUCUCCUAUAAGAGGAGCAACUUCUACAUCAAGAUACGACCUGGAGAGUAUGAGCAGUUUGAAAGUACAAUCGGGUUCAAGCUUCCUAACCACAGAGCUGCAAAGAGGCUAUGGAAGGUCUGCAUUGAGCAUCACACAUUCUUCCGGCUGGUGUCUCCGGAGCCUCCUCCCAAGGGCUUUUUGGUGAUGGGAUCAAAGUUUCGAUACAGUGGGAGGACACAGGCUCAAACCAGACAGGCCAGUGCUCUCAUAGACCGGCCCGCUCCACACUUUGAGCGUUCCACCAGCAAGAGGUAUCUGCUGUCCAGGAGCUUGGAUGGAGCAGAAUUCUCCCGGCCGGUAUCAGCCAUGUGUGAGAACCACGAUGACCUAUCCCACCGCAGCAUCGGCGGACAGCGACGCCUCCACAGCCCAUCUGUGGAUGAGCAGGAGACCGAGCUGGAGCCCAGUUUGGAGCAAGAUGAGGAGGACAAGGAUCAUGAGCGGGGACAAGAGAUAGACCAGGACCAUGACGGCGAUGUCACUCCAAGCAGAAAGAAAGAGAUCAUGGAGGAGGCUGGGUCACCAGCUGAGAGUAAACAGGAGCUCCCUCAGUUGGACCGAGAGGCCACUCCUCGGCACAAACAGGAGUUUCUGGACAAGUCGCAGGACGUCUUGUUGAAACACCAGGCCAGCAUCAACGAGCUGAAGAGAACGCUGAGGGAGCCCAACAGCAAACUGAUGAACCGUGAGAAGCGUCUGUCAGCCACCUCGCCAACCGGCACCCCAGAGAAGAAGGCUCUGCCUGGCCGACCUGUGGGAAAGGACACUGUUAACAACCUGUCUGUUGAAGGCUUCGUCCAGAAAACUCUGGUUACUUCACCUGAGGGCUCUGAAGAGUGGGUAUUGAUUGAAAAACAAGAACGUUAUCAACAGGACCAUGACCAGAAGGCAGAAGAUUACAACAAAUCUCUCACAUAUGAUUCCUCGUGGGAGAAAAUGGAGCUGAAAAAAGAGAUAGACAUUACCAAGAUGAUAAAUAAAGAGGUAACAGGCUAUGACAGAAAAGAAAUGAAAAGCCAUAUUGAUGAAUUUCCAUCAACCAAAUCACCCAGAGAGGCAGAUGUAUGUUCUGAGCCUUGGCAAACAAACAAAAGUCGAUUCACGAUUCAAUCGUAUGAGAAUGCAGGAGAGGCAAAUCAAGACAAAUCUCAAAGUAAACCAUCUAAAGCCUCAAACCCUGAGGCAAGUAAUGAUGUGGCCCCGGGCUCACGCCAGAUAAAGGAACACAAAGCUUCUAAACCAAGAAAAAAGAGGAGACCCCAGAGCUUAAACCUGGGAAUUCCUGCAGAACUCAUCUAUAGGAAAGACGGCAGCGAUUCCACUGGAGAAGAAAAUGAGGCCUCAGACUCAGACAACGCUCCAGAAAGAACCUCGACAACAGGAAAUUAUUGCGAACCAAAAGGUGAUCAGGGAUCAGGGAAGGAUCAGCCUGUCAGGGUCAAUAAAGACAACAAACAAGAGGACAUGUUGAGAGAAAGCAGGGAGGUCUCCCCUUUAGAAGCAGAGACAGUCAAGAGAAAAGUGAGUCCGGUUGGACCAGCAGAAAUCAAUUUAGGGUCAGUCAACGGACCCGGAAAGAUAGAGCACGAUAGUUCAUUGACAGUUGUUAAAGGGGAGAGUGUUAUAAAGGUGCGAGGGAAGGGCUUUAUUGACAACAAAGAGCUAGCUGAGGUGAAACUUCGACAGGUCAGGACCCAUGAGAGGAAGAUCAGUAGCUCAGGUGGCGAUGACAUGGAGAGUUUCCUUGGAGAGAGAGGCCAGAGGACAUCCCUCCACAGGAUGUCAGGCAGCUUCCAGUCAGAAAUCACCAGGAUAGUCCCACUGAAGCCGGAGCGGUCAAAGAGUGUGGCAUGUAAGGAUGAGAGGGACAAAACGGCACAGGAUGAGCCUGCACGGGUCCUCAGAAGAGAAUACCGCUGGUCGGUGGGCUCUCCAGAGGGGCCCUCGGAUCUUAACUGGACAGAUGUCCCCACCUUCCAUCCGGCGUUUGCAGCAGAUCUGGAGGGUCCUGCUAAAAUGGAACAUCCUGACGACAGCUAUCAGUUCGGUAGAGGACCUACAGAGAGUCAGUCGUUCAGUUCAAAGAUUUCAUCGCUUUCCAAAACGGCUCCCCCCGCCCCGCCGGUGAAAACACAGAAGGCCAGGGAGUCUGGACUUAUUCUACGGAACAGCCGAAAUGCUGGCAGGGAGCCGAGCUUGGACGCAGCCAAGAAGAGACACUCGGAGCCUGUCUCUACUCCUGCCAUCUACGAAGAGCCGUUUGCUGACUUCAAGAAGGAACUUGGGGACAGGAGGCCCCAGCCCAUCUUGACCUCGGAGGAGGAGCAGGAGAGGGACACGGUGGCCUGCAUGAGAGAAACGCACCUGGGCAUUGAGCGCAAGUGCUCCAGCAUGACGGUCAGCUCCACGUCCAGCCUGGAGGCCGAGGUCGACUUCACCGUCAUCAUGGAUCUCCACUCCGGUGCUGAUGACUUUUCCAAGGGCAUGUCGGAGCAGGGAGAGAGGGAGCGACAGCCGGAGGUGGGCCGGGAGGACUUUGAAGAGACCUCCAGGUUCUACUCAGCCCGCCUUAUGGGCUCCCGGGACAAGUCUCCUAUGGAGGAGAGGUUCCCUGACAUGGGAACACAUUAUGAGCCUCCUGUGGCAAAGAAAGACCCCAGCGCUGUUAGCAUGGCCCACAUGCUGAAGAGGUCUGAGAGCAAGACGGAGAACCAUACAAAUGGAUCAGAGAUGCACCCCAACAUCAUGAAUGUCUCACCCCAGAACUUCAGCCAGCGGACGGUUGCUGCUGCUGCCCCUAAAGAAAAUGGCUCCCCUGUUAAGCCAGGCACCCAGGAGAGGGAGUCUGUUGUGUCCCAACUGAGCCUUACAGCUGAAAGUGUCACCUCAGCGACCACAACUCAAGUUACCAAGACUGUGAAAGGAGGCUACUCAGAAACCAGAAUCGAGAAAAGGAUUAUUAUCACAGGAGACGAUGAUGUGGACCAACAUCAGGCUCUUGCCAUGGCAAUCCAAGAGGCCAAGCAGCAGCACCCAGACAUGCUGGUGACAAAAGCUGUGGUUAUCAGGGAAACAGACUCUCCUACUGAGGAGCUCAAGCAGAAAGCAGAGUCCUGAUUGGUCAGGUUUGCUCCUUGGACAGAGGGCAGGAGAGAGGAUCCUCCAGCUGUAUGACCCCUGUCCCAGCCUGCAGUACACCACCCUGUAUGAGAACUCCCCCCCCCCCACCCCCUGUUUUUGCGCUCCACAAAGCAGUAGACCUCCACUUCUCUUCUUUUAAACAAACUGUGACUCAGCCUCUGACCGAACAUGGCCUCCCAUCCUGCCCCAGCCCACUCCAUCUCAUGAAACAGGAAAAAACUUCUACUGGAUGAUUUCCACUUGAUUUAAUCAGGUGGUGUGAUGCAAGAUAGAGAGCUAAACCUCGUGCUGUAAUUAUUUAAAUUAAUCUUUACGAUUUGUCUAAACUUUGCACAUUAUUUCAUAUGUUUCAGCUCCCUUUGACUAUGAGUUCUCAACUCCAACUUUUUUUUCUAUAAAGAUCCCAGAAAUCUGUCCGGUGCUGCUCUCAUAUGAGAAUAAGACAUGAGAGUAGAGGAGAGUUGGCAAAAGGAUCAAGACCUUGCUGGUGGGGAUUUGGGGAUCAGGAGGUCGGGCCGUGGCAAGAUGAAGCCUUUUGCUUGUUGCUGCCACCUCCUGGCUUUGACACCUUCAGUAUAAUAAACAGCUGUCUUAUUAGCUUUUUACAUUUUUAUCUAUAGAGGAUCUAAUUUAUGUUCAGUGGUCGCUUGUUUAUGAAAUAUGUAUAAUAUCAGAUGAUUAUAAUCUGCAUGAUUCAAUUACAAAAUAGCUGAGGGAAUGAAAAUAAAACACACAGACAUGCACAUUUGAAAUCCAUAAGAAACUGACGUGAUGGGACAGAGCACCUACCGUGAAACUGUAGAAAACUCUGGGUUUGUGGUGGGACACAUUCUGAUCUUGGUGGACCCUGCUAAAGAAGGACUGUUGUGCACACCUCACUGCAAAGCUGGAACUCCGCUUUGGUCCCAGUCUCUGAUAUAUUCUCAUCACUGUCCUUCCAUUUCCUCUGCUCACUGUUACCAAUUUCAUUUGGUGUCUACUUUCAUCUAUAUAAAGAAAUGCUAGAAACAUGUUUUGGGCACAGUUGAAGCAUUUUAAGAGAAUUUUUUAAUAUAAAUAAUGUUUAUCUAAUACGUUUAUGUGGUGUUAACAUAUGUUAUAAUUUUUCUUACUUGAUUUUAUUGCCCUUCAUCAUGAAACAGAGUUGAUGUGUUAUUCUUGUGUUUUUGGACUUUUCAACUAUCCUGUGAGCAUGCAAUGUGAAAACCUCAGACUUAUUAUGCUGUUCCACUGCUCAGUACUUACUUAGGAUAUUCCAAAGGUUAUCUCAGAGAUCGCUCACAGAUUCCCUGAAGGGGAAGUUAUGAUGCAAUGAAGAGAAAUGCAGAGAAUUGUUGGACAGACCUUUUCUCGUUUUGUUUUGCCUGAAAUAUCUCGUUUGCUGUUUACUCAAGAUUUAAAGUCUUAACAGCUCCCGUGUCAAUCAGUUGUCAGCAUGAUCUGCAUUCCUUCAAGCAUCUGUAAAUGAUUUAUUUGGCUGAAAAAGCUGUAAACACAGCGCUUAGAGCUACAAAACAGGUAUCUACUUAAAAAUCGAACAGAGAAAGAAACUUUCCAUAUAGGAGUGUCCUGUCAUCUCCAGAAUCUCAGUCUGUCUUUUGGCUCUAGCUGAUGAUGUCACCUCCCCUCCCACUUAAAAAGCAAUUAUUGUUUGCAAAUUUGUGCAUAUUGAAGUGCCUGAUAGAUUUUCCUCCUACCGAGGAGCAAACUCCAUAGUGAACUGCAUGACGCAAACCAUGGCAACUGUAGGCAUGUCAGUACAUGACUUUUGUCGUUUUUAAAAGAAAACAACUCACUGCUUUCUUUGUUCUUCUUUUAUCUAAGAAAUGUCAUCAAGUUCU